CGCUGCGUUUUAGUGUCCAGACACAAUAAGCAAAAUGAUUUCGAAAAGCAUAAAGAAGAGUUCUCAGUCUUUCAAUUCGGCAGCUCCUAUACCAGGCUGUCUGGGAAGUCUCCAGUCUCCAGCUUUGGAAAGACGUUGGAAGAGUGAAAUGGAAGCUGUAAAAAUCAGUCUAAUAUUGCUACUGUUAUCAAAUCUCCGAUCCAUUGCAUCAUCUCCAGAUAACCACCGCUAUAAUGUAGGAGAUCAGGUCCCUUUAUUUGUCAACAAAGUGGGUCCACUCAACAAUCCCAGUGAGACCUACCAAUACUAUGAGUUACCAUUCUGCCGCCCAGAUCCUGUAGUACAAAAGAUGGAAUCCCUUGGGGAAGUUCUAAUGGGUGAUCGUUUAACCAGUGCUCUGUAUAAGUUGAAGUUUGGGGAGGACAAAAUUGUAGAGACAUUGUGUCACAAGAAGCUUGAAAGAGAUGAUGUCACAAAAUUUAGAGAUGCUGUUAUUAAUGAUUUUUACUUCCAGAUGUACUAUGAUGAUUUACCGUUUUGGGGUUUUGUUGGGAAAAUUGAAGAAGACAGUUGGACAUUUGAGGAGAAGGCACCCAAAUAUUUUCUGUUUAAACAUGUGCAAUUUGAUUUGCUCUAUAAUGGCAACCAAGUUAUAGAAGUACGUGCAUUUGGUGACCCAGAUCAGGUUGUUGAUAUAACAGAAGAUGUUGGAAUUGAUGUUAAGUUCACUUAUUCAGUCAUCUGGAAUACAACCUCAGCUGCUUUUGAAACCAGAAUGGAUAGAUAUUCAAGGGCUUCAUCCCUUCCAAUCCACCAGCAGAUUCAUUGGUUCUCAUUCAUCAACUCAAUUAUCAUUAUUAUGCUAUUGAUGGGAUUGCUUACCUUGCUUUUCAUGCGGCGUCUGAAGAAUGACUUGAGAACGUGUUCUGCCGGAGAUGACGAAGAAGACAAGGAGGUUGGUUGGAAAUAUAUUCAUGGAGAUGUAUUUAGAUAUCCUCAAAACAAGUCUUUGUUUUGUGCUGUCAUUGGAACGGGCACUCAACUGCUAACCUUAGUUUGCUGCUUAUUUGUGCUAGUUUGUCUUGGUGUCCUCUAUCCUUACAAUCGUGGAGCACUAUGCACUGCGCUUGUCAUUUUAUAUUCUUUGACAUCUGUAGUUGCUGGGUACACUACAGCUUCCUUCCACUGUCAGUUUGCUGAAGCUGGAUGGGAACGUAGUGUCCUCCUGGCUGGAAUCAUGUAUGCGGGUCCCUUGUUUGUAAUAGGUUCCAUCCUUAAUGUGGUUGCUAUAUCUUAUGGGGCCACAGCGGCGCUCCCUUUUGGCACCAUCAUGGCUAUUAUUCUCAUAUAUGCUUUUCUCACCAUUCCAUUGCUUGCCUUGGGAGGGGUGAUUGGAUACCUCUUUAGGUCUGAAUUUCAUGCACCUUGUUCUACAACAAGGUACCCAAGAGAGAUUCCUCCAUUGGCUUGGUAUCGAAAAACUCCUUGUCAAAUGUUCCUUGGAGGUUUCUUAUCUUUUAGUGCUAUCGUGCUUGAGUUACAACACUUAUAUGCGAGCUUGUGGGGUUACAAGAUAUUCACUCUUCCCAGCAUUUUGUUUGUCAUGUUCAUCAUCCUCAUCCUGCUCACUGCAAUAUUAAGUGUUGGUUUGACAUAUAUUCAGCUAUCUGUGGAAGAUCAUGAAUGGUGGUGGAGAUCUGUGUUGUGUGGGGGCUCGAUUGCUAUUUUUAUGUUUGCUUAUUCUAUCUACUUCUACACAAGGUCAAGAAUGAGUGGCUUGUUGCAGCUUUCGUUUGUUGUUGGCUACAAUGCUUGCAUAUGCUAUGCAUUCUUCUUAAUGCUUGGCACAAUAGGCUUCCAUGCUUCCCUGAUGUUUGUUCGUUACAUUUACCGUGCUGUUAAGAGUGAAUGACUCUCCCUCUGCCUGUUGAUGGUGAUGGUUUUACCUUCUUGUCUUGCUGCCAUCAUGCAACCACUCUAUCCCCCUAACUAUGCUAUAAUAAUUGAGAAAGAAAGAGAAGAGAGGGGAUGAUUGUGGAUUAGAAAAAGAAGCAAGGAGAGAUUCAAAGAUUGUGAAGAAUGUGACAUCUACAAAAAUUUCAGUAAGCAUGAUAGAAAAUCAUACCUGUCUUUUGAUACAAUUAGUUUUUCAUGGCUAAGAAUAGUUUACAGUUUUUCACUUGUUAGAAAAACAUUUAUGUGUACAUU